AGUGCUGAGAGUCAGUCAGUGUGUUCAAGAUCGAUUUGAGCAGACACCAAGAUGCUGAGACUCUUCUUAACUGUGUCUGUCCUCUUCGGGUAUCUGGUUGCUGUGCAGAACCAGGUACAAGAAGUGGACGAGUUCUGUGAAAAAUUGGACUGUCUCGAACCACAGACUGCCAUCUUGGAGAAUGGUUACGAAGAAGCAAAAUUUAAGCCUAGCCCCUGGGUUGAAACAGAAAUAGACGGAUUGGAUAUCAAUAAUGCGGUGGAGGCUGGCCUCAAAAGAUUUUUUGAAUAUUCACAUUUCCACAAUGAUGCAGAAACAAUUGUUCCUCUCGAGGCCCCUUGGGGAAUCAUUGGAUACAUGAAAGAUGGCAAAAUACAAGAUAACUUCAAAGUAUUUGUUAUAUUAACUCCUCAAGUCACAAGUACACCUCAGCCAACAGAUCCAUUGGUUCAAAUCGGAGCAAAAAUUGAUGAUUGGUUCUAUAUCAGGGCUUUUGAUGAAAAAGAUGGUAGUAAUCUUAGCAGCCAAGAAUACGGAGAUCGCGUGCUUCAAUUGAAGAAGGACUUGGAAGCUGACAACAAAUCCUUUGAGAGCAGUUUCUUUUACCUCGGUUGGUUUAACAAACGUGGGCUAAUGGAAGUUGCCUUUCAAAAGAAAAGUUAAAAAUUUGCUAAACAUUUCAGACAUCAAACAGUGAGCUGUGCUUAAUACUAUUCUAUGUUUCUAAGCUUUUUUGAUCUCCCAUCUGGUACUCAUCGGAUUUCACUCUGUGCAUGGGCCAGUAUUUGCAGUACCGAACAGUUCCCCCAAUCUCCUCUCUUCAGAGCCCUAUGGUCCUCUUCAUAAACACUGCCCUUCACCAGCAGUGAGAAAGUUUUGUCUCCAACUCACAGUGCCUCAUUUUGGCAUGAGCUUACUUCAGUUCUGUUCACUUCAACGGUCAGGUUUUUUUUGCCUGUUCUGAUUCUGUUGGACAUUCAGUUUUCAGAUGUUUUUGGUCAAUUACUUUCUGAAGCUCCUUUCAAAGUGUCAACACAUAAUCCUGGGUAGGUAGUUCUUUAGUUCAUCGCUCUCACUAGGAACUGCAGUCCUGUCAUUUCCCAGUUAAAAUAAAUUGCAGAGGGCACAAAGGUAAGGAAGUGAUCGUAAAUAUUUAUGAAACAAUGGCUUGGCUUCAAAUGGAGGACUGGAUUCAUUUAUGAUACCUGGAUCUUAGGGCGAGUGGAAAGACUUUAGUGACUCCUCUGGUGAUUUGAUCUUAAAGUCUCACACAUACUUCAGAUUAAUUCCAAUUGUUCACAAGUAGUAGACUCUGUGCUGGGUAACAGGGAUUCAUCUAUCUACUAAUUUCCCUUUUCGAUAAAGUUGCUUUAAAUAAAUUGGGUACAAACUGAGGUCAAGAAGCUUCUGGUGAUAGGAUAAAUUACAAAAUGUUCUACCUUCACACAGCAAUGGAUUAUAUUUGCUAACUCCAGUCAUGCUCAUCAGAAUGUUUAAAGUUGAUGUCAGAGCAGUGUAUUGAAAAUGGGAGCUGUUGCAGAGCACAAAGUACUGAAAUAAUUACGUGUGAAAUCAUGACACUUUUCAGAUGUGAGAUUGGAGUUGGGUUCUCUACCUCUCUAUUAGUUGCAGAUUGAAAUAUUUACUUACAAGGGAAUGCUUAAAUUGUGACGAUGCACAGGAUUUUUUAGCACAGCUUUCAAAUUUCAAUCUAUGUGUGCCUUCGGUAAAGUGAAAAUACAAUUGGACAAAUAUAACUGUAUCAACCAUAGAUGGCGCCCAGUAUGAGGGCAACAUAUUCACUGGAGGCACCUGCCAAUGGGGCACUGAAUAUGUUUGUGACUCUAAUAUUAAUCACUUUAAAAUUGGUCCAAAUCAUUAUCCAGAGACUGGAGAUGAAAUGCAAUUCUGAUUUCCUCAAAGGUAUAUUUGCAUAUUGAACACAGACAAACUGAAUCUGUGAUUAUGAAAAGGUUUUAUUCCUGUUUAAAAUGACACAUUCACGGGUUUCUUUUAUGGAGUAAAUAAGCCUUUAUUUUCUAGCCUUUGCUUAUCUGAUGUUUUUCUAACUGCUGGGAAUGUAUACUCACUGUGAAAUAAAGGGUGAUGCAUUACAA